GCAAGAAUAGAUUUAUUAAACUGACAACUUGACUUGUCAUGUAAAUCAAGCAAGGAAGAAGGAAUCUAUCACACUAUGAAUUUCCGGCUGGUCUUUGUUGUCACUGUAUUAACUUAUGGGCAGUGUUCUAAUGGCGAGCAAUGGGAUCGUGAUUUACAAAAGGCACUAUUUAAAGACUAUGUUGCCAGUACACGUCCACACCUUAACACCACAACCAAUCUCACUAUGGGAAUGACUGUGAGAAACCUUUUACAUGUCCAUGAACGAAGCCGGGCUAUUAAAUUAAAAGUUUGGUUUAGGUUUUUUUGGAACGAUGAGCGUUUACGAUGGGAUCCAAAAGACUACGGAAAUAUAUCCAUCCUUCACUUUCCAACAGCUGAUUUAUGGACACCAGAUAUCGUCUUGUACAACAACGUCAAUGAGGAUUAUACCUCCUUGCAAGAUUAUAGCAGAGAGGUCCCCGUGAUUGUUUAUAACAAUGGGGAUAUCAGAUGGUAUUUUCCUGGUGUCAUAGAAACAAACUGUCCCAUUGACAUCACCAUGUUUCCUUUUGACACUCAGCACUGUAUUGUUUAUUUCGGAUCUUGGACACACACUGGAAAGGAGAUAGAUACAUACCCCCAGGAUCCAAAACAAGAUGGAGAGAAUUUUGCGGAACCGAGCGGAGAAUGGAUUUUUGAAAAUUAUGAAGCGAAGAGAAAUGCAGUGAAAUAUGUGUGCUGCCAUGAGUUGUACGUUGACGUUGAGUACACUCUGACAUUACGACGCAAGCCAUUGUUCUACAUCACAACUUUAAUUCUGCCAUGUUUAUUUUUGCAUAUUCUGAGCACACUUGGGUUUUUAAUGCCUAUAGAAUCUGGUUCACGAGCCCCUUUAGCUAUCAUGGUGUUGUUGUCAAUGACGGUUUUACAAAUCACAGUGUCCUCAACUAUUUCUAUUCAAUCAGACAACGUUCCCCUUAUCACUCAAUUUAUCGGAUUCAUUCUGUUAAUGAUGACCCUCAAUGUGAUGUUAACCAUCUUCAGCCUGAAUGUUCAUUUCAAUAAUCAUCCUAGAAAAACUGGACCUGAGUCUAAACGCUUUAAGGUAUUGAAGAAUAUAGGCAGAGCAUUGGGUGUCAGUUUUGAGGAUAACGUAUCUAGUGCUAGAUCUGUUUGCAAUUCUGAGACUCGGCCAUCUGCCAAUGGGUUUGACCAAUUGCAUAUUGAAAGCUUUGAUAGCGAUAAUGCAUGCAAUGUGUCCAAAUUAACAAAGUUAGAGCUAAGGGCCUUUAGACCUUCAGCUGAUUGUGUUAAAAAAUUCUGGAUGAAAGUUGCCAUGGUUACUGAUCGCAUUUUUGCUCUCAUCUUUUUUGUCAGCUCAAUUGUUGCAUUUAGCCUUAUAUUUUCCCAGCUUCUCAGAUAGAUGUAAUUUACAGGAGUCAAGAUUAUAAUCUACAGAAAAAUUUCACAUAAAAUAUAACCCGAAGUAGUUGAAACACAGAGCCUUUAAGUGGACAUUAACAUGGUAUGCAUAAGUAUAAUUAUAAACUAUGGCCACCCCACCAUUUAAUAUAAAGUUAAAUAUUCAUUAAUUUAUACAUUACAAUUGUACAGUA